AGAAAUGAAAAAGGAAAAAUGUCCUCUUUUCUCUGUUCUUCCCUGGUCCUCUUCCCUCACCCUAAUUUCAACUCCCGCCUUUCCGGUUCCUCGCGAAGAACAACAUCUCAACUACUAGUUGUUAAGGCGGCUUCUUCCAUCAACAACAAUGGCGAUGACAAUGUCGAUUCUUCUGUUACACGAUUGAUAUCCUUCUUAGGAAAAGGUGGUUCCGGCAAGACCACCUCCUCUGUUUUCGCUGCCCAGCAUUAUGCAAUGGCUGGACUGAGCACAUGCUUAGUGUUACAAGGACAGGAUCGAACUGCUGAGUGUCUUCUCAAUUGUAAGAUCGUCUCAUCUCCUGUUCUCUGCAGCGACAACCUUUCAGUUGUCCGGCUCGAAACAACUAAAAUGCUUCUUGAACCUCUCAAUCAGCUGAAGCAAGCAGAUUCACGUCUUAAUUUGACACAGGGAGUACUAGAAGGGGUUGUUGGAGAAGAGCUUGGGGUGCUUCCUGGGAUGGAUUCCAUCUUUUCAGCACUUGCGGUUGUGAGGCUUCUCGGAUUAUUUGGGAAAUGGGCUCGAAACAACCAUCACAAAGAUAAAUUUGACAUUAUCAUAUAUGAUGGUAUCAGCACCGAAGAAACCCUCAGAAUGAUAGGUGCAAACAGUAAAGCAAGACUCUACUUGAAGUACUUGCGGAGCAUGGCUGAGAAAACUGAUCUCGGGAGAUUGGCCGGACCUUCACUCCUGAGACUUUUCGAUAAUGCGAUGGGCAUAAGUGAGAAGUCAUCCCAACUCAAUGGAACACUCAGUACUGAAAUAUGGGACAGUCUGGAACAAAUUCUCGAGAGAGGAUCUUCUACCUUUUCCCAACCUUAUCAAUGUGGCUGCUUUCUUGUGAUGAACCCGAACAUUUCAAUGUCUAUGAGUUCAGCAUUACGUUACUGGGGUUGCGCAAUUCAAGCUGGUACUCAGGUUUCUGGUGCAUUUGCCGUCGCUACCCCUCAUUUGGAUGUUGAGUCGGUGGAAAAGAUGAAGAAGGACUUUUCUCCCUUGUCUUUUGCUUUUAUUCCAAAUCUUUCAAUGGGUUCCCCUCAAGAUUGGAAUGCCAUCAUGCCGAAAAGUACUGCUAAAGGUGCAAGGGACCUUCUUUCUUUGCCAGCAGGCCAAAAGCAUAGCAUGGUACCAUCCAUAAAUUUUGACACAGCAGGAAAAUCAGUAACCCUUCUCAUGCCAGGUUUUGAGAAGUCAGAGAUCAAGCUAUAUCAAUAUAGAGGAGGAUCGGAGUUGUUGGUGGAAGCAGGGGACCAAAGACGAGUCAUUUUUCUGCCACCGGAAAUGCAGGGGAAGGUAGGAGGCGCCAAGUUCAUCGAAAGAAGUCUUGUAAUCACCAUUCGGUAAUGCAUUCCAUUUAUCAAACAUUUUUCAAUUUUAAAAAUAUUUCUCUUUUCCA